CAGAGGAAAUCACAGCGAACAAGGAGGUACACGCUGAGAGACUGGCAUGCUGAGAGAGUCAAGUGGUAUGUCUGCUCACAACUGACCCUGAUUGUACCUAAAAACAGAGGAGAAUACAAUCUGCAUUUCUCGGAUGUCUACAAAUACUACCUGGAUGGGCAAAAUAUUUCAGAUUUUCAGAUCAACAUUUUAUUUCUUUUGAAGCCAUGGAGAACCCAACUGAUAUAAAGGGCAUAAAGGAACAUCACUGGGUUGAGAAGCUGUUUCCUCCACGGUUUACUGUGGAAGAUCUGUUCAGUGAUCUUCACCAGAAAGAGACAGUGCUAGUUUCAGAAAAAGUGGCACAGCAGAGGGCUAGGAGAAUAGCAGGCAUCUAUCUUGAUGCAGUCAACAAGCUACAAGAAGAGAAGAAGCAGCGCAAGGAGUGUUAUGCUUCCCAGAAGUCUGUGCAGCAAAGCCCUCCCAAAGUGUUGGAUGGUGGGAGCAGAAUUGAGAACUCUAUAAAAAUGGAGAAUAGUACUCCCCAUUGCGCAAAUGCUGGUGAGAGUCUAGAACAAAGCAUGGAAGAAAGCAUCCAGGAAAUUGAAGAAAGUUGUAUUUGGAAUGCACAAGAACUUGCUGCUUUAAGAAGCGUGAUGUGCAAGAAGGACCCUGGUGGUGGACAUCUCAAACUGCAGCUAGCAACUUGUGAGACAGAGAUGCUAGAAUUGCGCAUAAAGUGGAAGAAGGCAGUACAUGAUCUCGAAGCUCAAGAGCGCGAAAUACUUAAUUUCCGUAAAGCACUAAAUUGUGCAAACCUUCACCUAAAACAAGUCCAGACUGAGAAUGCCAAAAAGGAUCAGGAAAUCAAGAGCCUUCUGGAAGGGCUCAGUGAAACAGAAGCACAUGUGAGAAGUCUAAAGAAGGAUCUGCAUCAAUCCCGGCUGGAGAUCCAAGAGCUAAACAUAGAGAAGAAGAGAUUACUUGAGCAAAUUCAAAUGCUAAAGCGGCAGCAAGAAAAGGAGAGCAGAAAGGCAUCAGAGAAGGUGAAAAUAAAGUUUGAAAGCCAACUCAGAAAACUGCAGCGGGAGAUGGAGACCGUUAAGAUUGAACUGAGCAAGGAGAAAGAGCAACACAGUAGAGACAUCAAUGCCUUGGAAGUGCUGAAGAAGCAUUUUGUCAAUCUGGCUGCCCCAAAGCCAGAUGAACCUUUGAGAUUUCAGUUUUUGUAGAUUUAAUUGAGUGUGUCAGUUAAAUUUCCACACUAGGCUUUUUGAAUAGUUCCUGCUAUUGCACAUGUUGAAAAAUGGAUGCAGCAGAACAAGUGAAUUAAUGCUAUGUGUCAAAUGAACUAAUCAUCGAAAUGUUUAAUCUAAAGUAAGUACAGUCAUUUUCUCCUAUUGCUAGUCUUUUUGUUUAACAUCUAUAGACAUUUCACCCAGAUCUCUCCACCAGUCUCUGCCUCCACCAUCACCUAAUAUUUCCUCAUUUUCGUCCUUACUUUUUGGAGGACAGUCCCUAUUGGCUGCAAAUGUUGGGAGAGAUAGAGAGCCAUCAUUUAUGAUUGGCAGAGCUGGGGAAAGUAUUUCUUAUGCUUAGUCGUUAUACUGUCAAAUAAACUAUUGUAUUUAAUGCCACUCAGUAGUUAUAUGCAUGCAUGCUUCCAUGUGUGAGUGACUCACUUGUCUGCCAGUUCCAAUAGAUCUUGUCUAACAAUUCCCGUUUUCUAAGCAGUUACCAUGGGUGAGCGCUGCAGCAUUUGAGACUCUCUCACAUUCCUUGCUUGCUCUGUCACAUGUGGUCCACUUGCUAAUAAUCUCCAUGUCACUGAUGCUGCAGGCAUGCUUAUUGAUUGCUUCUACCGUCUCAUUUUAAGCAUUCUGGAACUCUAUUAUUACAUGAAGUGAAAUAACUUGUAUUUCUUACUGCAUGAAGAAGAUUGCAUACAAGUUAUGUAACACAUGAGCACAGCUAAAAUCCUCACAUAAAUAUAUACAUAUUUCUAAUUUUAUUAUUUUUUCUUUUUAUGGUUAGUAAUGUGCUAGUUGCACAUUACUAGCAUAAGAGGUAUUAAGAUUACCAUGCUGCAUCUUUGGUGUAGACAGCAUAUAAUACCAGGAAAUUUUUUUCUUCAAAGUAUGUGGUAUCUGCAUGUUGCGGUGUGCACAAAAACUGCCAUUCCUUGAUGGCUGUUUCCAUUCUGAUAUAAUAGUUUGUGGUACCAUGUGAACCUCCUUAAGACAGUGUCCCUACAAAAUGCAGCAUUUCUACAUCCUUACCGUAGAAAAGAAAUGUAUCCCAAAAUAUUUGAUUCUCACUCACUAGCUGCCCUUGUUACUUAUGCUUACUCCUGAACUUAGGAUAUCAGCAUUACAAGUAGUAACUAUUAUGUUUCCUGAUGAUCCUGUAAGUGUCAAUAUCUAGAUGUAUUUUGCAUAUAUAUAUUACUAAUUGCUGGGAUGUUAUGUUGAUACCAUUGCGAUUGUAGAGUUGUUUUCCUAAGUAUAGCUUAAACAAAACUAAUUUUGCACACGUGAUAGUUGCUCAUCUACAGGUUGUGCACCCACCCCCCACCCCCAAGUCAGAGACACCCUUUAGGAUUCUAGUAGGUAUUCUGUCUGUGUAUUAAACACAGACAAAUUUAAAAUAAUCUGUGAAAUUCUUCCAGUACACUUUUGUCCUUCUGUAGAAUUGUGUCAAUAAUAGUAUCUUGCUAACUGCUUUGUAAUUUGUUUUGGAAGAUAGCAUCUUUGAAAAAUACUGCAAAAGAAUAUGCAAACUUUCCAAUUCUUUUAGAAAGGAAUAGUUCAGAAUUUUAGAAAAUUCCAAGGGUUUCCAUAGGACUUCAUGAGUAUUUAAACUUUUCAUCAUUAGAACUGCAAACUUUUCUCGUGCAUUUCAUGCUGGAUGUGUAGAACAUAUUGGUGCAGUGUAAAUUACACAAUUGUUAACUUUAACACCUUAUUUGAAAGACUACACGUGAAACGUCAGAAGUAUGACUGAAUGAAUUAUGGAGAAGUUAUUAAAACCCAAGUAUUACUAUUGCAUUUUAUUUAAACUUUUUUAACAUUUCAUCAGUGGAAUUACAAACUCUGUGAUCUGUCAAACAAUGCAGUACAGAUCUCUACAAAACUUGCAGUUUCUGUGUCAGAGAGUCUUUGUUUUCGAAGCAUGCUGAAACACAAAAGCUGUUUACUGCUCUAUCAAUCCCACCAGCAAACAGAUUCUCAUUGUACUGUUACGACAGCUCUGAUUUGCUGCAGUGCUGCUGCUGCUGCACUGGAUGUCUCUAAAUCCUUGAUUAAUAACCUUUGCAUACAGAAUGUGUACUAGAAUUUUCAUAAAUGCACAUUUUGCUCUUUUAUGAAGUUUAUAGUCUGUAAGAUGCAAAAGUAUUAUUUAUCUAGCACUCUAAGAUACAAAAUUCAGAUGCCAGAAAGUUUGUAAUUUUAAGCUGUUGCACAACCAGUUUUCUUUGUAUU